UGGCUCCUAAAGGGGAAGAGGAGGAGGGAGGAGGCAGGGAUGAGGGGCAGAGAAUGAAAUGGAAACAACGAACGAAAUUUAAGACCUAAUUUGGUUAGGACUGGGCGGGAUGGUGCCAGGGAAAGGUCCCUUGUCUUCUGUAGUGGUAAGAAAGCGCGAGAAAGCGUCGUGAGUCGUGUGCCUCGGGGCAGGAGAGCGAGAGUUAAAGAGAAGCGGAGUGCAUAAAGAAAAGGCGCAAGAGUACGCCCGCGUCCCCCAUCGGCCGUUACCCCUGUCGUCCCGGACAACGGUGCUCCUCGGAUUCCACAGCCCCCCCCUGGGUGGCCCGACAGUUCCACGCCCACAGAUAAGCGAAAGUAUCCCACAAUGCCCCAGGUCGUGCUGCACUCGUCGCCCCUGCUGUGGACGCGGCUGGUCGCCAUGAUCCUGGCGUGCGUGGCCUUCAGCGUGGCGGUGCACGGGGCGUACGUCUCCCACGGGACGGGCGACUGGUGUCUGUUCUGCUGGGGCUUCAGCUUCGUGGGGACGCUGGUGGUCCUGCUGGUGGAGGCCUUCGGCCUGCAGACCCGCUCCCCCGUCUCCUGGAAGAACUUCCCCAUCACCUUCGCCUGCUACGCCGCCCUCCUCUGCCUGUCCGCCUCCAUCAUCUUCCCCCUCUACUUCCUGAAGGGCUACAACAGCGGCAAGACCAUGCGCGACUACCGCAUCGUGGCCACCGUCUUCUCCUGCCUGGCGACCGUGGCCUACCUGACGGAGGUGAGCAUCAGCAAGGCGCGGCCCGGGGAGGUGGUGGGCUACAUGGCCACCGUGCCCGGCCUGCUCAAGGUGUGCGAGACCUUCGUGGCCUGCGUCAUCUUCGUCUUCGUCAGCGAUCCGCCGGCCUACGAGGACCACGCCGCGCUCAAGUGGUGCCUGGCGGUGUACUGCGUGUGCUUCAUCCUGUCGGCCGCCAUCAUCGUGCUGUGCGUGGGCGAGUGCACGGGCUGCCUGCCCUUCCCCUUCGCCCGCUUCCUGUCGGCCUACGCCCUGCUCGCCGUGCUCUUGUACCUCACCGCCGCCAUCAUCUGGCCCGUCUUCCACUUCGACUCCAAGCACAGCCGCCACUCCCGCCGCCCCAGCUCCUGCAGCGGCGGCUCGGGGCUCUGCCCGUGGGACAAGCUGGUGACCGUGGCGGUGCUCACCGUCGUCAACUUCCUGCUCUACCUGGCCGACCUGGUGUACUCCGCCCGCCUGGUCUUCGUCACGGUGUGAGGG